GCACCGGUGAAACUUUUAUCACCGCUCAUACAGGAUCCACAAAAUGGUGUUAUGUAGGAGCGCCGUGAUCUGAUACUGAUGCGGCUGGACUCCGAAUCACACCAGCUGCGGUACACCGGGCGCUACUUUCUAUUUUCAAAGUGCCUGGGGCUCACACGUGCGCGCCUUCAAGUCACUGAAAUACUUGGAGUUCUUUCCAAGAGCGUUAGUACCGAGUACACAUCCACUUGACAGAAGUUCACGACGCCUACUAAUCACGCGUCACAUCUCAGACACUGAUGAAUUCCUCAGCCUGUACUUUGCCAGACAGUUUCGAGCAAUUUUGCAGCGAUCAAUCAGCUUCUACGUUUUGUUGGAAUGUCAAGGUUGAUAGUGACUCAACCCUCUCAAUUUCUGAUAGAACGAGGGCAGACUUGAUCAAGGACGCUACUGCAACUUCACAACGGUUCUUACAUUCCGGCCCUUCACGAAGGCGAUGCGGAGCACCACUAGUCAAUGUAUGUUUCUUCGCGCGCAGUGGCUAUGAUCUCUUUGUGGGGUUCCUCGCUGCCUUGCUAAACAGAUGGACUCCGACAUUGAUAUCUGACAAGAAUAGUCCUGAAGGUGUAAUACACCUUGUUCGUGCCUCCGGUUCUCAGUGUCUUUUCGUUGACGCUACUCAUCCCGACCUCGUCGAUCUCGUACAACGCCAAGUCCCAAAUCUUCAAAUCAUUCCUCUACAGGGCGAUGAUGGGACGACUCUACAAACCCCCGUCACUUACCCUCCCAUCAAUCAAGACCUGGACUUAGACCUAGAUAUGGUCGCGUAUAAUCUUCAUACUUCAGGAUCAACAGGACACCCCAAACUGAUACCAAUUACUCACAGACAGUGGUACGACCAAACCAUGCGAUUGACACCAUUUCCGGGCCGUGUAGUGUGCACUCCUAUGCCUAUGUUUCAUACGGUGGGGCUUACUUGCUUAACCAAGUUCACUAUCGGUGCAGGCUGCAUACCGGUAGUGAUUGAAUCCACGCGACCUUGCACAGGAGAAUUACUGUGUCAUAUUCUCAGCCGAUUCAAUGGUGCAAUUUGUGCUACCCCUCCGUCCCUACUUGAACAGAUCUCCUUGAUGGGAGAAGGAGCAAUACAAACACUCGGCUCUACACAUAUGGUCUUGUUUGCUGGCGCACCGCUACAAGAGCCUGUUGGUAACAUAUUAGCAAGUCAUGGCGUGAAUAUCAUUUCGGCCUUUGGAACCACUGAGACCGGACAAUUAACUGUGGCAGAUAUCAGCUCUGAUGAUCCCCUCGACUGGCCUUACAUCCGAUUCAUCGAUCCAUCUGAAAUAAUAUUGGUGGAUGUACCAAAUGCCAGUGAUCUGCGACGUUUAGUUGUCAAGCCAGGCCGUUUUGUGUCUUCUGACCUAGUCAAUCAUCACGAUCCUAUUGGCUUCAGCCCUGGAGACCUAUGGCGGGAGCAUCCAACAAGAAAAGGGCUCUGGAAACACGCAGGAAGAAUGAGUAGUGUGACUGUGCUCUGUAAUGGAGAGAAGACUGACAACGAACAGCUUGAGUCACUUGUACUCAAGAAUUCCAUCGUGGAACGCGCGAUUGUAUUUGGCGAAGGGCGUUUGCAAAAUGGGCUGCUUGUUCUUCCCAAGGCAAUAUCCUGGAGCAAUCCUGAUUUUGCCACAUCCCUACGGUCAACCAUUCAACACAUGAAUUCCGUCAUUCCAAAGCAUUCUCGCGUCGUACAAGCUCUCGUUAUCCUUGGAGAUCCGAAAAAACCUUUCGGUCUGACAGACAAAGGGACCAUCCGACGCCACGAGACACUCGCUCUUUACUCUCAAGAGAUCCAGGAAGCGUAUGCAGCUCUGGACUCUGGGUCUCCUUUUAGACCUCUGCCAUUAAAGGAUGAUUAUAAGGGCGUUCUAAUGUAUAUUCAGGCAAUCGCAGCCCGUGUACUUGGGGUGGAGGUUGCUGUUGAAGAUGACCUUUUCUCCCGUGGCAUGGAUUCCUUAUCAGCGGCGAAUUUUACAGCCUACCUAACGCCACUUUGGAAACUCGUUAGGGACACAGAAUUACCUCGUAAUAUCGUCUACAAAUAUUCAUCCAUCGUUAGUCUGCAUCAAGUAAUCACCGGGAGAAUAUCGCACAACAUGCAUCGUAAUAAUGCAGAACACAUAGAUGCGAUCAUCAAGAAGUGGACGUUUCCGAACCCUGCUCCAGCCAGUCGUUUAUCGUACUUGGAACACACAUCCAGCAAUAUGGACGACGAUCGCCUGAUUGUGCUCCUCACAGGAUCAACAGGCACGUUCGGCAGCCACGUUUUGUCAGAGCUCGUACGGAGGGAAGGAGUCCACGCUGUUUACUGCUUAGACCGCGCGAAUCCUCGUUCGUCGGGUGCCCAUACUCAGCGAAUAAGAUACGAGGCUGCGUCAGGCAAAGGAGACACGAAGGUCGAAUCUUGGUCUAUGAAUCUUGGAGAAAGCGACUUUGGUUUAGAUUCGGAAACCGUCCAGAAGAUCCAUAGAGACGUUACCCACAUCGUUCAUUGCGCAUGGGACGUGAAUUUCAACCACGAGUUGGAACAUUUUCUCGACCCCCAUGUCCGUGCCCUACAUACGAUGCUCGAACUAUCUGCUUCUAGCGUUCGCACAAAGGCACCACGCAUCUUUUUCAUCUCCAGCGUUUCUGCUGUUGCGAACUACUCGGGGCCCGAACAUGCUGUCCCUGAAGUUCCUUUCAACUCGUCGAGUUUACCACUCGAUCAGGGUUAUGCGCAAUCGAAGUAUGUUGCAGAAAGGGUUCUAAUUGAUGCAUCUCGAGCCGCAAAUAUACCAGUAACGAUUGUGCGUGCUGGACAACUCGCUGGCAAUACCACGCUAGGCGCAUGGAAUGUGAUGGAACAUAUUCCUAUUUUCAUUCAGGCUUGUUUCUCUCUGAAGCUUAUGCCCUCUCAGAUUCCGAACUUGUCAUGGACGCCGAUUGAUGUUGCAACAGCCAUCUUGGUGGACAUCGUACUAAAGGACCCUCACAGUGAUGUUACCAAUCUUUUGGUGCGGCACAUCGAUAGUCCCAAAGAACUCGCCAGCUCGGAUUUUCUACAAUGGAUGGUUGAGGCAUCGGGGAAUUCGAUAGUUCUCGUAUCCAACGAGAAAUGGCUCAACUCAGUGCGAAAUAGCCCGAUGGUCUUGAAGGCGAAGCAGCUUCUACCAUUCUUCGAACAAUGGCUGUCCAAUGCAGCUCAAUGCAGGCAUCGUGUACUCAGCGUACAAAACACGAAGCUUUUGUCUGAAAGCUUUUCUCGAACACACAUAACCCCAGAACUCUUCGGACAGUACGUGAACUUCAUUCUCAAGUCAAAUGGUUCAUCGAGUAGUGUAUAAAUAAUGUACAUCGGUCUGGACAUGCAAAUUUUCGAAUUAGAAUUUGAUGAUC